AUGGCGCAGUCUCGGCACCGACCGGGCGCCAUCUCCCCCGGCCCCCAACAGCAGCAGCAGCAGCCGCGGCGGCGGUCCGGCGAUGACGUGGUGUCGGCGCCGCCCGCGCAGCACAGCCCCCAGCCGGCGCCGCCGCCGGCCCCGCAGCCGCAGCCGUCGCCCUCUCGGCAGCGCCACUCCACGCUGCUGGACGCCUUCCGCCCCCGCAGCAAGUCGGACGCCGGCGGCCACAAGACGCCGCGCCGCCCCGGCGCCAACAUCAUCUCCCACAUGAAGAGCGCCGUGCAGCACUCCCUGAUGUCCCCGAGCUCGAGUGGGGGCAGCAGCAAGACCUCAGACUCGUCAUCGACAUCAAAGUCCGAGGGCAGCAGUGGCGGGGGCGGUGACCACGGGCACAGCGGCAGCCACGGACACAGCAGUAGCGGCGGCAGCGGCAGGCCGCGCGCCGGCUCCGACAGCAACACCAGCCGCGGGCCCGUCUCCAAGGUGAUGGACAUGUUCAGACAUCGGUCCCAUUCAGCCGUCUCGGCCGAGGAUAAGAGGAAAGCGAGGGCGGCCGCUCACCACCACCACCAGGUCGCCGCGCAGAGUGAGUACAACUACAAACAACAAUUACAAACCCUGCUAGCCUUAGCCUCUAGUAUUGACUGCCCCGUGGCGUCAUUGACCGAGGUGCGAGCCAUGCGUCUCUCCCCCACUGCUGUGUCCUGUGAGACAUCUGGCGCUGCUGAGCGACCAGGGUGCGCGUCGUCGACGUGCUCGUCACUACUGCCGUACUGA